GAUCACACAACUGACGACCAGAAUCACACACAAAGCUCUCGUUUGCAGUUCAAAUCGAUUGUGUGAAAUAUUUUAUUCGAAAACCCCAUUUUUUGAAAUUUUAAGACCAUAGACAAAAUUGAAAAAUGUGUUCACGUGAUGCGGCGUCCAAUCAAUUGAUCGACUACAAGAACAAUGACUCCGAGGUGCAGAGGGAGAUCACGACAUCCAGUGGAAUUCCAGUUGGCGUCAAGGAUGCCAUACAGACGGUGGGACCGAGGGGUCCUGCCUUGCUGCAGGAUUUUCAGUUCCUCGACGAGAUGAUGCACUUCGACACGGAGCGGAUUCCCGAAAGGGUGGCCUACGCCAAGGGAGCCGGGGCCUUUGGGUACUUCGAGUGCACCCAUGACAUUUCCAAAUUCUGUGCGGCCGCCAUAUUCGAUAAGGUUAGAAAACGAACGGCCAUCGCUAUGAGAUUCUCGGUGGCCAGUGGGGAGGAGGGUUCUGCGGAUACGGUACGUGAACAGCGUGGAUUCGCCGUCAAAUUCUACACCGACGACGGCAUCUGGGACAUCGUGGGCUGCAACAUGCCCGUGCAUUAUGUGCGGGAUCCCAUGUUGUUCCCCAGCCUGGUCCAUGCCCAAAAGCGCAAUCCGCAGACCCACCUGAAGGAUCCGGACAUGUUCUGGGACUUCAUGACACUGCGUCCGGAAACCCUUCAUGCCCUGCUCAUGUACUUCAGCGAUCGUGGAACUCCGGAUGGCUAUCGCCACCUGCACGGAUACGGAGUGCACACAUACCGCAUGAUCAAUGCCAGUGGGGAAACGCAGUACGUUCGGUUCCACUUCAAGACGGACCAGGGCAUCAAGAACCUGGACGCCCGACGAUGCGAGGAGCUGAUGUCCCACGAUCCGGACUAUGCCAUCAGGGAUCUGUACAACUCGAUCAAGAAGGGCAACUAUCCCAGCUGGUCCAUGUACAUUCAGGUGAUGCUCAACGAGGAGGCGAAGAAGUGUCGUUUCAAUCCGUUCGAUGUGACCAAAGUGUGGCCCCAGAAGGACUUCCCCCUGCUGCCAGUUGGCAAGCUCGUCCUCGAUCGCAAUCCCACCAACUAUUUCACGGAGGUGGAGCAGCUGGCCUUCAGUCCGGCCCACAUGGUGCCGGGCAUCGAGCCAUCGCCGGAUAAGAUGCUCCAGGGUCGCCUCUUCGCCUACGGAGAUUCGCAGCGCCAUCGCUUGGGCGUGAACUACAUGCAGAUACCGGUGAAUUGUCCGUAUCGUGUGAAUGUCCGCAACUUCCAGAGGGAUGGUGCCAUGACGGUGACUGACAAUCAGAACGGCGCUCCCAACUACUUUCCCAAUUCCUUCUGCGGACCGAAGGAAAGUCCUCGAGCUUUGGGUUUGCAGACGUGUUGUCCUUUGAGCGGCGAUGUCUAUCGAUUUAUGAGCGGCGACACCGAGGAUAACUUCAGCCAGGUCACCGACUUUUGGACCUACACCCUGGACAACUGCGGCCGGAAGCGGCUGGUUCGCAACUUGUCCGAGCAUCUGACCGAAGCCAGCCAGUUCCUCCAGGAGCGGGCAGUGAAACUGUUUACCAUGGUGCACUCCGAUUUCGGGAGACUGAUGACGGAGGCCCUCAACACGGCGAGAAUUUCCAAGUUCUAGGAUGUUCUGCAUACACUUGAGUGGAAGUACUUGGCGCACUUUUAAAAAUUAUUGUUACACAAAUUUGUUUUUGCAUCUGUUCUAACUUUCGAAAUGUUUCCCAACUGAAUAGUAAAUGAGAAGUUUAAAUGAUAAA